GGAGGAGGAGGCGGAGUGGAGUUCGGAUGCUUCGGUGGAACAGAGCGAGGCUGACGUUUCCCGGUCGGUGUCGGUACAACUUCUUUCGGCAAGUUUCUCCAAAGAGCUGUUGGGAUAUUCGCCACAAGGAUGGAGCUCCCGAACCCCCGGCUUUGCGUGGUGCUGUUGAGCCUCCUCCCAGCCUUGGUCUCAGCUCUACAGAUCACAUCUAGUCCGACUGCACCUGUAGAGAAGGCCAGCGGGCAGAGCGUGAAGCUGGACUGCCAGUUCUCCCUGAGCUCCUCAGACACUGGACCUCUGGACAUAGAAUGGAGUUUGCUGGCCUCCGACAACCAAAUUAACGACCAAGUGGUGAUUCUGUACUCGGGCGACCGGGUGUACGAGGAUUAUUACGAACCCAUGAAGGGUCGAGUCCACUUCAACACACCCGAUCCGAAGAGCGGCGACGCCUCCAUCAACUUGACCGGGCUGAAGUCGACGGACACCGGCACCUACCAGUGCAAAGUAAAGAAGGCUCCCGGCAUCAGCAGCAAGAAAAUGCAGCUGAUUGUCAUGGUGCGGCCAUCAAAGCCAAAGUGUUCUGCCGAUGGUACCCUAGAGGAAGGCAAAGACAUUGUGCUGAGAUGCUCAGCUGCAGAGGGAACGAAGCCGAUGCAGUACAAAUGGGAAAAAACCAGUGACAGCAAGCAGAUGCCUUCUACUGCUGUGAUGGACCCCGUGGAAGGAACCGUCAAUGUGAGGAACGUUUCUGCCAGUGCGUCUGGUAGCUACCGCUGUGUGGCGAGCAACCGCGUUGGCUCAGAGGAGUGCAUCCUUUACCUCCAAGUGACCCCACCGCGCAACACUGGAGGCAUCAUCGCAGGAUCCAUCAUAGCCGUUCUCCUGAUCCUGCUCCUUCUCGCCAUCCUCCUCUACUGUUUCUGCCGCGUUCGCAAGAACAAGAAGUACGAGAAGGAAAUCUGCAACGAGAUCAGAGAGGACGUCCCCCCUCCGAAGAGCCGCGUUUCCAGCACGCGCAGCUUCAGCCAGAUGGGCAGCCAGCGUUCGUCCCUGGGGUCCAUGUCGCCAUCCAACCUGCACGAGUACACGCUAAAGUCCCAGUACUCCAUGAAGUCCCAGUACGACAAGAUCCCGUCCACCGAAGAGUACGAGCGCCCGCCGAGUCAGGUCCCGCUGCCCCCGCCGACCGCCGCCAGAAUGGCCGGCCCCAACCUCAGUCGCAUGGGGGCCAUUCCCGUCAUGACCCCGGCCCAGAACAGGGACGGCUCCAUCGUCUAGAGAAAGAACCCUGGACAAAACGGCAGUUAUGGGGAAAAAAAAAAAUGAAACGGUUUUGCUCGACAGCAUCUACAAAACGAAAAGGUCCUCCUAUGAAGACAUGGCCCUGCUGUGUUGGUGAUGUGCUGUGCUGGAAAUAGAGCACAUUAACUUUUUAUCAAAUACAAAACGACGACAACAAAAAAGAUAAAGAAAAAAACACUUAUGCAUUUAAUGUCAUGGAUCUUCUCCCAGGAAAUGAUCGGUGUGGAUAUAUAAAAGCAAGAAUGGUCAAUAUACAAAUUCUAUUGUACAUAACUGAAUGCAUGUUUUUUCUCUUUCUUUUUUUUUUUUUUUUACAUUGAUAUCUUGCUGUAGAUAUACUGUUUAAAACACAAUCAACCCCUUAGUUGGCACCCUGUACAGCUGUGUGCAUGCCUCUGUGUGUGUGUAAACAGAUGUCUGGAAAACUUACCAUUUCUUUAAGUCAAAGCCUAACUCUUCCUUUACCUGUCCGGUUUUGAUUGGUUGUGGCUUUCUGAUUCAAUAUAAUUUAAUAUAGCUGUUAUUUGUUUCACAGUUCACUGAGAACAAACUGACUUCAUCCCAGAAGAGACUCUACAAGUCAGCUGUUUGCUAAUGAACUGUUGUAUUUCUUUGACUUUACGUAGGGGGGGCUUUAAAGGGUCUGGAUUGGCUGAUAGGGAAAGAGAGGUUUUGGUUUCCAUGAAUUGUGUUUGGAUGGAUGAUUGGUACUUGACCCAACUCUUAAAAAAAAAUCCAUUCUCCAUUCUUCCUUUGAGGCUCUUAGGGGGGAGUACGGGUAACAGCUGGACAACAAGGUUCACUGAGCAAUCAGCUUUGAUUGUGCUUGACUAUAUAAAGCCCUGCCACCCCCACCACAACCCCUCUUACAUCCAUACACACCAAAUUAACAGGACAAAAGGAGCAUCCCUUGGUCUAUCUGGCUGUGCAUCGUGUGUAAUCCCACGUAUUUGUUGUUGCGCCACAAGGAGGCGGAACCUUGAUUAACCUUCUCCCUGUGGUCGAUACGAAACCGGUCAGAGCUGAUGUAGCAUUAAUUUGAGAUUUUAAUGAAGGACGGUAAUCACGGCUGGAUGAAGGAGUUUCCCACAGAGCGGAAUGCGGCUUACUGUUUCACUCUACAUUAAAAGCUGACCUUCGUUUCCAAUCUCGGCACAAUCAGUCAGUUUAACCUACAAUAACCGUGACCUUGCUACUCCUAUCUGCCGUUCUCUAAAAGCCUAACUUAUCAUCUGGAUCCCAUCUUUUUGGACAAACAGUAGAAAGUGCAAAACUUCUGGUUGUUUUCUUCUUUGAUGCCUUAUUCUAUCCUUGUUUUUGGCCUUACACUCUUCCCUUCGGUUAACCUCUUAUUGAUCCGAUUCUUUCUUGCCUUGUUGCCUUAGUUGAAAUGUUCAAACUGUGUUUUGUGCGUUCUUCAUGGCCGUCGCUUUCUGAGGACUGUGACCAUUGCUGUAGACAUGGGCUGGGACAAACCCCACAGUUCCCUAGUUGGUACACAGGAUUUUAAACUAAAAAUAUUCUGACAGUUUUAAUGUAGCGGUGUCCAAAGUGUGGCCCUCAAAACAAUUUUGUUCCUUUACAUGGUUAAAACUUUUGCCAACAAAAUAGAAAACAAUUUGUUUUCUAGAGGGAAUUUCAAUCACCCUGACCUUUUGAUGUAAAAUAAAUUAUUUGAACAGUAUGACAGAAUUUUCAUUGGCAAUAGCAGGAAGCAGCCCAUAUGAUACAAGGUUUCGCCUUGAUUGGCUCUCAUCUUUAAGAUCUCAGUCUUUGUUUUUUAGCUUUUUGAAUGAAUUACAGCAAAGAUGAAUUAAAAAAAUGUAUGUACUUUCUGUUAGAAAAGAAAUAGAUUCUGGCUCCUUAUUGAAGAUACCUAUUGAAGUACCAACAAAACUGAAUGAACGAAGCAUCAAAUAUCCUGUUUAUAAAUAUAUGUGUGUGUGUGGGGGGGUGAGACUGUGAGACACUGCAGAUCUAUGUGUAAAGCUGUGUGUAUGUUCUGGUGCCACUAUAUGGAGUUUUAUAUUACUUAUUCCCAAAAAGCAGCAAAAAUGAGACCUUAGCUGAGCUACACAAAGCUAUACAUAUAUCUGUCAUUUUUUGUUUGUUUUGUUUUGUUUUUUGGUGUGUGUGAGCAGCUGUAUUUAAUACUUGUUGCUAGGCAGGAUGUGGCCCAUGUAAAGAUCAGCUGGUGAAGUGUACAGAGCUAUAUUGCUCCUCCAUGCUCCUAACUUUAAUGUAAACAACUACUAACAAUACUAACAGUAGCUUUGAAAUCUGUACUAAUACCGUAUGAAGACUCCCUUGAGGUGCACACUGUGUUCAAAUCAUAUUUUCUCUCUGUGUAUUUUUGUGCUGUAUUUUUGAAUAAUAAAAGUCAUUGAAAUG